AUGGAAGUGCGGCUCGAGCUGGUCGAGGACGCGCUCAAGGUGUUUGUCGCGGCGCUGCAGUGCCUGGCGCAAGUCGGCAAGGAGCUGUCGAUGGAGUGCGACAUUGCGGCCCGCUGCCUCACGCUCCGCGCACUCAACGACGCGCGCUCGGCCUCGGGCCAAGUGGUGCUCGCGCGCUCGUUCUUUAUCGAGUCGCCCGCGGGCAGUGUGACGCUACAGAACGUGGCAAUAUCGUCGCGCGAGGCGCUCUGCGCGCGCUUUGGCGGCCGCGCACCGUUUGCCAAGUGCAAAGUGUUUGCCAAGUCGUGCUGCAACGUGUUCCGCACGCUCAAGCACGUCCAGAGCGUCCAACUGGCGCUGCUCGUGGACCAAGAAGCGCUCGACGGGGCGGACGCGAGUCAGGAAGCGGCCCUGUCGCCGCGCAGUGACACCGCCAACAACAACAGCAAUGCGGACGAAGUGGAUCUGGACUGUCUGGCGCUGCGCUGGACGCUGCGCUGCGCGUUCGACAUCACCAAGACGCACUAUAUGAAGGUCCAGUCGUGUCAGGUCAUGCGCGCCGUGUUUGAUCGCAGCGCGUGCGCAAACCACUGGCGAACGCGGCAGCACCACCUGAGCUCGUUGUUGGCGCACGUGCAGCACAGUAGCGAAGUGAGCGUCACGUGUUCGCCGACGCACGUGAAGGUGGAGAGCUACUUUUCGACUGGCACUGAGGGGAAAGCGCAGCUACAGACGGAGACGGCGGUGGAGAGCGGUGAGUUUAGUGAGUAUGUGCUGCAGCCGGCAGCGACGACGUGGGGUGAGCCCGCGGGCGCGCAGUUGAUCUUUUGUAUCAAAGAGAUUAGGGCGCUGCUGGCGUUCUGCAAGACGAGUGACGUGUUGGAGGUCUCGUUCUACUACACGACAAGUGGGAGUCCCGUGUUGUUUACGGCCGAGUCGACGUCGAUGGCCAAGUUCUCGAUCGAGCUGACGCUGUCCACAGUUACGACGUUCGUACCGGCAUCGUCGCAGUCGUGCGCCGAGGCCGAAGUUACGCUGUGCGUCAACGACACCAUGAUGAGCACGUCUGCCACUAGUCAGACACUGUCGCAAUCGCAGUCUUCCUCUCAGGAGAAUCCGCGUUACCUGACGCAUAGCAAGCGUCCACGGGUGGAGGACUAG